CUUCUCUGCCAGAAAUGCCUGCCUGGGAAUUGUUGUACUGAUAAGACUGGCUAUUAGCUUCCUUACGUGUGCCCUGGUUGCUUAUUCCACAGCUAAAGCCUGGAGUGUGCUAACAGUCCCCCCCACCUCCUCCAGUGAGCUCCCUGAAAUUAUCUGGCAGGUUGGGCUUUUUCAGGUGUUUUUGGAUCCAGGUGAGAGAAGACUGAGGAUCUCAGGCAUUAUCACCUGGUAAACUCUUUCAGGGUGCCGAGGAUCCCCACCCCACCCCACCCCAGACUGUGAGAGACAAGUGGCCUGUUUUAUCUUCUCUAGCGGAACGAGUGCCAGUGAAAGUCUUCUUGGUCGAUCUUCACCUUCACCCAGCCAACAGACCAUCAAUAGUCCAGGAAUCCAGAUCCAGGAAUUUGAACUUCUAAUCAGGAGCAGAGAAGACCAUGGGGAGUCCAGCCCAUGACCUGGCAGCCAGCGCUCUGCACCUGCCCUAUGACUUCACAGGGUUUGGUCCCAGCUCAGCUGACUCAUGGACCAGCAUGGAAGACUCCAAGCCACCCCGCGGCCUCUCCAGCGUGCCCGAGCGCGGCCUGCCGGGCGUCUACCUCUCCCGUCUCGACAUGUACCUGUCCGAGGACACCGCCUGGCUCCUGAAGCGAGCGGAAGUCACUAAUCCCCUGGUGCCGUGCGUCUGCGACCACAACCCCGACCACGAGGCCCCCCACUGCAAGGAGCCAGAGCAGUGUCCGGUGAUCGACAGCCAGGGCCUGGGGGGGCUCUCGCCUGAGCUGGAGGGGCAGGUGGAGGAGCGCUGCCUGGAGCAGGUGCAGAGUCUGGUGGUCGGAGAGGUGCUGAAAGACAUCGAGAUGGCCUGCAAGCUGCUCAACAUCACCCCAGACCCCAUGGAGUGGAGCUCAGGUAACGUACAGAAGUGGCUGCUGUGGACGGAGCACCUGUACCGGCUGCCCCAGGUGGGCAAGGCCUUCCAGGAACUCACGGGCAAGGAUCUUUGCGUGAUGAGCGAGGACGACUUCAAGCAGAGAUCGCCACAGUGCGGAGAUGUGUUGCACGCCCACCUCGACAUCUGGAAGUCAGCUGCUUGGAUGAAAGAACGUUCCCCUGGUGACAACCUCAUUGGAACAGACGAGCUCGUCCCAGAGGCUGACUCCUGCUGCUCUGGGCAGCCCAUUCACCUCUGGCAGUUCCUGAGGGAGCUGCUGCUCAAGCCUCACACCUAUGCCCGCUGCAUUCGCUGGCUCAACAAAGAGAAAGGUAUCUUCAAAAUAGAGGAUUCGGCGCAUGUGGCUAAACUCUGGGGUAUCAGGAAAAACCGUCCAGCGAUGAACUAUGACAAGUUGAGCCGCUCCAUUCGGCAGUACUACAAGAAGGGAAUUAUUAAGAAACCGGACGUGUCACAAAGACUAGUGUAUCAGUUUGUCCAUCCCGUAUGAUGGACGCAUGUUCCCCCACGGACGAAACCACUGCUACUCCGUGCUGAUGCCAAACUGUGAACUGUGCUGAAGGAGUGAAUUCUUACAUAGUUAUGCUGAAUGAUUACAUGUCGUGGGUAGCCACCUCUUCUCUGUUGUUACAUAUUCAGCAUUAAAGAAGCUUGUAGCCCAAAGAUGGAGGUGGAACAACCUUCUGCCGGGUUACUACGGUAACUGUUGCUGCAGUCGUAGCAUUUCAGAACUGCCUGUUAAUUUGCAUAUCCUGCCUUUAUAUUUACUGUAUUUUACUUCUAGGGUUUAAGUAGACUUUUCUUCCUACUAGCAUUUCAAUGUUUUGUUUAUGAAAUAUAUCCUUUAAAAAAGUGCUUGUAGAUGAGACCCUUCAGUCACUUGUGUUUUUAGACCAUUAACUGAUUAUGUCCUUUAACUGCGUGAAAGUGAAAAGAACAGAGUUUGAAAUAGGCUUAGGCCAUAUGAUCACCUUCAAUCUUUUUUCUCCGGGUUUAUUUAUUUAAAGGGUGGUUUAUGACUUUUUGUUACUUUACGGUCUGGUUGAAAAGCAAACACUGACUUACGUCCAUUCAGCUUCUGUGAGAGUCUUAAAGUAUAUUAUGGAAAAAGGUGCAUGUGUGCAAACAUUCGUAGGUUCAGUUUUUGUGCGUAAUGAAUGAUUAUAAAACGUCUUGGUACA